AUGGAUUCUGCAGAAGUAGUACCUUCUCCCGUUGAGGAGUACUUGACGAAAGCAGCUCAAGAGUUUCAGGCUGGUUUGUCCAAUGAGAUCACAGAUGUGCGUGAUCUUCCUAGCUGUAGCCAUGAGCAAGUUGAUGAGGACAUGGACUUUGCAAAAGCAGCACCGGCUACCCCCGUUGAGGAGUACUUGAGGAAAGCAGCACAAGAGUUUAGGGUUGAUUUCGACAAAAGAAAAGAGAAAAUGCAUAGGUUCCCUGCAAGCCUGCACGGUCUCGGAAGCUGCUACACCGUGCCAAGGGUUGUGGCCAUCGGCCCUUACCACCAUGGCUCACCCCAGCUCCGUCAGAUGGAGAAGGUGAAGCACGUGGCUGCCUACCACUUCAUCAGCAGGUCAGACCACUCACUUGAGGAGAUUUAUGGGGCUGUUGUCUUGGUCACGCACGAGGCCCGCCGCCUCUACAAUGAUGACGCUGUGGCACGUAUCAGCGAUACUGACUUUGAGGCUAUGAUGUUCUAUGAUGCAUGUUUCUUGCUGGAGUUUGUGCUUAUGUUUAACAAGGAGCAACUUCCAUGUCCAGAGUUGCUAUCAGUUUUUCGCAACAAUAGAUUGCAUAUCAAUAGUGAUGAAAUGAUGCUAGAGAACCAACUCCCCUGGCUGGUUGUGGAAACCGUCAUGAACUUUAGGCCUGUGGCCGUGCAAGUGAAGAAGUUAAUUUCAGCGAUGGGAGGUGGUCUCACAAACCGUUUGUACCAUAAUGGACCAGACGAAAUCCUUUCAGAAUUGGAUGAAGGGUAUGCGCCUCCUCAUCUCCUUGGUCUCCUCAGAUUCUACAAAACAACCAACAAUACGAAAAGACAUAUGCCAACGGCCAAGAAGAAGUCUAGUAAAAGAGUCAGUUCAAUGUCAGCAUCUACAAGUGCCAUCGAGCUUGCAGAAAUCGGCAUCAAGCUGAAAGCCAUCAAGACAGGAAGUUUCACAGAAAUCGGAAUCAGGAAAGGACCCCUCUUUGGCGAGCUUUACCUGACUCCACUGGUGCUAAGCAGCACAAGGGCAUGUUGGCUUGUAAACAUGGCGGCUUUUGAGGUAUGCACGACCUCAGGGGAUCUAUAUAAUGAUGAAGAGACGUCCGUCUGCUCGUACUUCGCCCUCCUUUCGAUGCUCAUGGACCGGGAGGAUGAUGUUCACGAGCUACGAAGGAAGCAUCUUGUGCUAGGAGAACUCACAAACAAAGAGAUGCUUGAGUUUUUCAAGAGCCUUACCAAGCUCCUGUCCAUCGGCCCCUCCUACUUCCGUAUCUUGACACGCAUUGAGAACUACAAAGUCAACAGGUGGAUGUGGAUCAAGGUGCACAAGUUCAUCUACAACAACUUUAAAAUCAUUGUCACGGUCUUCACCGUGGUUGGUGUUCCAGUGGGCAUCUUCAAGACGCUCCUCUCUCUCAAGCAACAAUAG